CAGAAAAAGGGUAAAGUACUGAUUGGUAUUCGCACCUCUCCCCCGGAAAGCAGUUGACAUUCCAAUCACUCACUUUGAAUCCACGUCUCUCUGGCUGCCCCACCCAAACCUUUCACCAUCUGAUUAUUCCAUCCCACCUAUCUCUCCCUAAAUUUCCCCUCAAAAAAAUUUUCAAAGAAAAAACCCUAUGCCCAUCACCCUCCUCCGCAUUUCCAAAACAUGUCGUUCGAUGAAGAGGAGUCUCUCGAGCACACCCUCCUCGUUGUACGCGAAGUCUCUGUCUACAAAAUCCCGCCCCGCUCCACCUCCGGCGGCUACAAAUGCGGCGAGUGGCUCCAAUCCGACAAGAUCUGGUCCGGUCGACUCCGGGUCGUCUCCUGCAAGGACCGUUGCGAGAUCCGAUUAGAGGAUCCCAACUCGGCUGAGCUCUUCGCCGCUUGUUUCAUCCACCCGGGCCAGCGCGAGAGUUCCGUCGAGCCCGCUCUCGAUUCCUCUCGAUACUUCGUGCUCAAGAUCGAGGACGGCAAUGGGAAACACGCGUUUGUCGGACUCGGGUUUAAUGAGCGGAACGAGGCUUUUGAUUUCAACGUGGCGUUGUCUGAUCACGAGAAGUAUGUUAGAAGAGAGAACGAGAAAGAGACCGGUGAGACGAGUGAGAGUGAUUCUCAUAUUGAUAUUCAUCCUGCUGUUAACCAUAGAUUGAAGGAAGGUGAGACUAUCCGGAUUAAUGUGAAGCACAAGCCAUCUACUGGAACUGGCAUGCUUUCAGCCGCGGGAUUGUCAGGAGGGCUUUCUGGUAGCGGAAAGCCUAAGACUUUGAGCCUUGCCCCACCACCCAGUGGUGCGGGAAAAAUAAGGUCUCCUCUCCCACCCCCUCCCAAUGACCCUGCUGCUGCUCGGAUUUCCUCUGCUAGUCAAGGUGUUGGCCAAAGAGCUCCCAAGGAAAACACGAGACGAACUGACCCUUUAACUGAUUUUUCUCAACUAGAGAGGAAUCUUCCUGCUACUGGGUCAGGAUCUAAGAAGACCACUGCAUCAGGAUGGGCGGCUUUCUAAUUGUGUGAACAUUUGUUGAGCAUGUAUGAUCUUUUGUUUGAUGUUUUUGAUAUUUGAAAAAGAAAUGAAGAAAAAAGAAAAAAAAAAAUCAAAGAAAGUACAGGGUACCAAAUACUUCCAUGUUUGGAAAAUAAUGUUUCCAAGAUCAUAUUGAUAUGCCACUUUUGUCUUACUUGAACUUGUUGGU